GGCCCGGCGGGCCCGGCGGCGCCGCAGCCCAUGGAGCUCGAGAACAUCGUAGCGAACACGGUGCUACUCAAGGCCCGGGAAGGAAGCCCACGGUGUAGAGGGCCAAACGGGCACAGAAAUAAGUGGGAGCUGAGCUUUGAAGAAAGAGAGCAUGUGGGGCUGGCAGGACUAUAAGUGCAAGGCCUGGCAGAGGGAGCAAGUCUGCUCUGCUGGGUACUGGACACGACUCUCCCAGUCUGACAGUACUUCCAGAGGUGGCUUUGGAUCUGAAGUAUGUAUGGAGAAGUUGACGCUCAUAGAAGGUGGUGGUGGGAAUCGCAAGGGCAAAAGCAAGAAAUGGCGACAGAUGCUGCAGUUCCCCCACAUCAGCCAGUGUGAAGAGCUGCGACUCAGCCUCGAGCGUGACUACCACAGCCUGUGCGAGCGGCAGCCCAUUGGGCGCCUGCUGUUCCGAGAGUUCUGCGCCACAAGGCCUGAGCUGACCCGCUGCAUAGCCUUCUUGGAUGGAGUGGCUGAGUAUGAAGUGACCCCUGAUGAGAAGCGGAAGGCUUGUGGGCGGCGGCUAAUGCAGAAUUUUCUGAGCCACACGGGUCCUGACCUCAUCCCUGAGGUUCCCCGGCAGCUGGUGACUAAUUGCUCCCAGCGGCUGGAGCAGGGGCCCUGCAAAGACCUCUUCCAGGAGCUCACCCGGCUGACGCAUGAGUACCUGAGCAUGGCCCCUUUUGCCGACUACCUCGACAGCAUCUACUUCAACCGUUUCCUACAGUGGAAGUGGCUCGAAAGGCAGCCAGUGACCAAAAACACCUUCAGGCAGUAUCGAGUCCUGGGCAAAGGAGGCUUUGGUGAGGUGUGUGCCUGCCAGGUGCGGGCAACAGGCAAGAUGUAUGCUUGCAAGAAGCUGGAGAAGAAGCGGAUCAAGAAGCGGAAAGGGGAGGCCAUGGCACUCAAUGAGAAGCAGAUCCUGGAGAAAGUGAACAGUAGGUUUGUAGUGAGCUUGGCCUAUGCCUAUGAGACCAAGGAUGCGCUGUGCCUGGUGCUGACGCUGAUGAACGGAGGUGACCUCAAGUUCCACAUCUACCACAUGGGCCAGGCUGGCUUCUCCGAGGAGCGGGCCGUCUUCUAUGCUGCGGAGAUCUGCUGCGGCCUGGAGGACCUGCACCGGGAACGCAUCGUGUACAGGGACCUGAAACCAGAGAACAUCCUACUGGAUGACCAUGGUCACAUCCGCAUCUCCGACCUGGGGCUGGCUGUGCACGUGCCAGAAGGCCAGACCAUCAAGGGUCGUGUGGGCACUGUGGGCUACAUGGCUCCGGAGGUGGUAAAGAACGAACGGUACACAUUCAGCCCAGACUGGUGGGCACUAGGCUGCCUCCUAUAUGAGAUGGUCGCAGGCCAGUCACCCUUCCAGCAGAGGAAAAAGAAAAUCAAGCGAGAGGAGGUGGAACGGUUGGUGAAGGAGGUGCCUGAAGAAUACUCAGAGCGCUUUUCCCCACAGGCCCGCUCACUCUGCUCCCAGCUCCUGUGCAAGGACCCUGGUGAGCGCCUGGGGUGUCGUGGAGGUGGUGCCCGUGAGGUGAAGGAACACCCCCUCUUCAAAAAGCUGAACUUUAAGCGACUGGGAGCCGGCAUGCUGGAGCCACCCUUCAAGCCUGAUCCCCAGGCCAUUUACUGCAAGGAUGUUCUGGACAUCGAACAGUUCUCCACGGUUAAGGGUGUGGAGCUGGAGCCCACUGACCAGGACUUCUACCAGAAGUUUGCCACGGGCAGUGUGCCCAUCCCCUGGCAGAAUGAGAUGGUGGAGACUGAGUGCUUCCAGGAGCUGAAUGUCUUCGGGCUAGAUGGCUCAGUUCCCCCAGACCUGGACUGGAAGGGCCAGCCACCUGCACCCCCCAAGAAAGGACUGCUGCAGAGACUCUUCAGCCGCCAGGAUUGCUGUGGGAACUGCAGCGACAGUGAGGAAGAGCUCCCCACCCGCCUCGAGCUCCCCACCCGCCUCUAGCCCCGAGCCUGAGGCCCCUACCGGUGGUUGGCGGUAGCAGCUACUCCGAGCGCUGUUUACAGUUUUGCACAGUGGUCUUCCCCAUUGUCCACUCACAUUGUGGCCUGGGGAACAUAGCCGGAGCUGUCCCCAGUGUCCUCUGCCCCUCAGCCCCUGGUUUGGCUGAGUUUGGCAAGGCCUGGGCUGUCCCUAGGACAAAGGUGCGUCCCUUCAGCUCUUGUCCGUGGAGCUCGGGGCUUUGUGUAUUUAUGUAUUUGUACGAAUGUAUAUAGCAACCAGAGGGUUCUUAAGACCUACCCUGGAGCUGGCAGAAGGGCCACUGCCAAACUCAAGGCUUCUUAGGCCCAGCUUGGACAGGCCGAGGCUGGGCCAGGCAAGGCCCCUGAGCCCCCAGCACUGUGCUCGCCACCGCCGACCUCCAAGUGAGACUCAUGCCUGCCUCUGCUGCCCCGGGCUCAGGGCCAUCACCUCUGGGGUCCGAUGCUGUCCCUCUUCAGCACUUGUCAAGGCUGGAUCUGGGGCCUCUGUAUCCCCUAGGCCUGUGCCAAAGUGUGACCAGAGUCUGGGCUGACCCUAGGACCCAUCAGUCCACUGCCCAGACUGUCCCAGAUGGGUCUGCCUCUGCCUUCCAGCUCCUAGGGCAUCUCGUCCCUCAUGCUGGGCCCUGUCCUGAAGACACCUCUUGCAGAAAUGCCCCAGCCCAGGCCAUGGGAAGGGGGAGGUGUUGUCCCUAGUCAACUCUCAAACAUUCCAGACUUCCCCUCUUAACAAUAGACACAUGUGCCCAGCAAUAAUCCCUCCCUCCCUGUGUGUGCCUGUGGUGAGAGUGUGUGUGAGUGUGUGUGUGUGUGUGUGUGUGUGUAGUGGGUAGGCUGAGGUAUGUAUCCCAGGCCCCCGGUUCUGGUCCUUCCCAGGUUGUGAUGGUCAUCCUGGUCCCAGUGUUAGGGUAGCAUGGGAUUACAGGGUCCUGGUUUUUCCAUAUUUAAAGCCAAUUUUUAUUACUCAUUUUGUCCAAUGUAAGCUGCCACGUGUCUCUGAGUGAAUACAGUCGAGCACAAACCUGG